UCUCUCUCUCUGCUCUCACUCUUUGUUAUCGAUUCUCGAUUCGAAGCCGCCGUUUCGAUUCCUUCUCUUAUUUGUUUCCCUUGUGACUCUGUCCCGUCCUCAAGGACCCUGCAAACCUUCAAAAACCCUCCGCCACCGCCGUAGACGGCGGCGCAAUCCACCUCUUUCCUCCGAUCAAACUAAAACAGACUAAGGAAUCGAACAAUGGCGGCCACCGCGGCCUCGGACGUCACCGAUGGACCUGUCCUGAACCUCAUCAACAAGCGUCUCCGUGCCCUCCGCAAGAAGCAGAACCGCAUCAGUCAGAUGGAAGAGGCCAUCGCCCAGGGCAAGCCUAUCAACAAGGAGCAGGAGGAGGUCCUCAAGGCCAAACCCUCCGUCUGCGCCUCCAUCGACGAGCUCGAGAAGCUCCGUCAGCCCCUCGCCGCCGCUGUAGCCGAAGAAAUCAGCCUUGCCCUACAGCGCCAACAGGUCUCCGCCUCACCAUCCCUCGAAGAGGCCAAGGAUGAUGAGAAAUCAAGCGAGCAAAAUCUGGCAGAGUUCGAACCGGAACCGGAACCGGAAACGGAACUGCGGCGCGACGUGGUAGAGGAUCUCCUGAACUUGCUCUAUUUUGGGAGCAUGUUCGAUGUGAAGGGCCAGAAUGAUUUCACUUCGACUAUGCUUACUCGGACACACGAACGUGGUUGCUGCUUGACCUACGACUACGUCACCGACGACGCCACCGAUCUACUUGGCGAGAGGGACUUGGAUUUGAUUGCGAUGCUUGGCGGCCUCUUGAUAUCGCGUCCGGUUGAUUCGAGCCUCUCGCACAAGAACGCGUUGCAGCAGUGUCUUGAGCACGCAAAUCAAUGGCUUGCCAACUCCGAUCAGCCUGUCGAUUCGGAUCCGAGUGUUACUUAUGCCGGGUUGAGAGCGAAGCUCAACAAGAUUAUGGCUUCGGAUUAUUUCACCACCACGCCGGAGAUGAAAGCUACUGUUGAAAUGGCUGCUGCUGCUGCUGGAAAUUAUGCCUCUUUCCCGGUACCAUUGCAUGGCUCCAUGGUGCCCGUCAGUAUCCCAGUACAAAUUGAAGGUCCAGAUGAGCAAUAUCAGCAAAAGGAGGAAGAGGCAGCAAAUUUUCAAGGAAAUGAAUCGUAUGGUGAUCAGUCUAGUCCUUUGGAAGAAACUCAGAAAGUGGGUGAAUUUGAGUAUGAAAAUCCAGCAGAAGUGCCACCUCAUACAGAACCGGAUGAACCAAAGGCAGAAGGACAGAAUGAGAGAAAUAUGGAGUCUAAGGAGCAUCAUUAUGCGCCCAGGAGGGGCUAUCAGAACCAAAGAGGUAGCCGGGGUGGUGGCCGCCGGGGCUACUCCAAUGGCCGUGGAGGACGAGGAAGCAGCAGGGGAGGCGGGCCUUACCAGAAUGGUCGAAACCAUUAUUAUGACCAGCAGGGAGUUUAUUACCAGAGGAGCUAUUACAGCAGUAGGGGAAGGGGUGGCAGGGGCGGGGGUGGUGGUGUGAACUUCUACAACAAUCAUGGUUCAAGAGCUGAAGCCAGCCAUGCAACAGCUGAUUCAUGACCUUAUGACUGUUGUUUAUAGGUAUUUUUGUUUCUAGCCUUUAGUGGGAUGCUUUAAGAUGCAGAACUUUGCAUGGAACUUGGGUUAAAUUGUGGGUUUCUGUUUAUGCUCCUCCUAGGACCCCCUUCAAUGAAUGGAUUAAUUUUUAUGGUAACAGAUAGAUUUUCUUA